UCCUAAUGGGAUUCAAUGUAUGAGAAAAAGAUGAUUCUCACACAUAAAUGAAGCUCAAGAAAGAGAAUUAUUAGGUCACCAAGUAUGAAAUGUCCAAUUUCCUUAGUACUAAAUUUGACAGUUUUCAUCUCUGUCAUCUCACUCUGACACUCCUUGCUUUAUUUUUAUUGUGAAGUUACAUCCGCAUUCUUUCAAACACAUGUUUUGGCUUGUGAUUGUCUUUUAAAAAAAAAAAUUGUAUCAGCUCGGCACCUGUAGCUCAGUGUCACAGGGCGCCAGCCACAUACACUAAGGCUGGCAGGUAAGCCCGGCCCAGGCCUGCUAAACAACGACAACUACACCCCCAAAAUAGCCAGGUGUUGUGUUGGGUACCUGUAGUCCCAGCUACUCAGGAGGCUGAGGCAAGAGAAUCACUUAAGCCCAAGAGUUUGAGGUUGCUGUGAGCUGUGAUGCUAUGGCACUCUACCGAGGGCAACAUAAUGAGACUCUGUCUCAAAAAAAAAAAAAAAAAAUUAUCAUAUCCCACCGCUACCACAAAAUAAAAACUGAAAAAAUUUUUUUAAAUGUUAGAGCAAAUUUUGUGAAAAUUAUAUAUAUAAAAAAAAGUGCUGGACCCUGAAGGCAGAGCUUGCCGGGCAGCUGUCUCACAAUGGCUCCCUGCGGCCUACAGCUGAACACUAUUAGCUCCGUCCGGCUCAGUGGCUCAGUCUGGGGCCCUAGACAGUGCCCAAAGUUCUCCGCACUCCUGCUCAAGCUCUCCCCAAGGCAGUUCAACUGAGGGCCAAGUCCACAAACACCGAAACAGUUCACAGCCCCAUCAGCAGCACCUUUAAACGUCACCGUGUUUCUGAACGCAUCUAGUAAUCACGUAGACAUCAGAUGGACACGGCCUCCAAUGAAGCGGCAGGAUGGGGAGCUGGUGGGCUAUCGGAUAUCUCACAUUUGGCAGAGUGUGGGGACUUCCAAAGAACUGUCUGAGGAAGUCAGCCACAGUGGCAGCCAUGCCCAGAUUUCCAUUCCAGUCCGCAACACCUCGUGCACAGUGAGGAUUGCAGCCAUCACCACAGGCAGGGUUGGGCCAUUCAGUGACCCGGUGCAGAUAUUCAUUCCUGAACACAGUUGGGUAGAUUAUGCCCCUUCGUCAACUCCAGCACCUGGCAACACAGAUCCUGUGCUCAUCAUCCUUGGCUGCUUUUGUGGAUUUGUUUUGAUUGGGUUGAUUUUCUAUAUCUCUCUGGCCAUUAAAAAAAGAGUCCAGGAGACCAGGUUUGGAAAUGCAUUCACAGAGGAGGAUUCCGAAUUAGUCGUGAAUUAUAUAGCAAAGAAGUCAUUCUGUCGGCGAGCCAUUGAACUUACCUUGCAGAGCUUGGGGGUCAGCGAGGAUCUACAAAAUAAACUAGAUGAUGUUGUAAUCGACAGGAAUCUUCUGAUUCUGGGAAAAAUUCUGGGGGAAGGAGAAUUUGGGUCUGUGAUGGAAGAGAAUCUUAAGCAGCAAGAUGGGACCUCUCCGAAAGUGGCAGUGAAGACCAUGAAAUUGGACAACUUUUCACAGCGGGAGAUUGAAGAGUUUCUUAGUGAGGCAGCAUGUAUGAAAGACUUCAGCCACCCAAAUGUCAUCCGACUUCUAGAUGUAUGUAUAGAAAUGAGCUCUCAUGGCAUCCCAAAGCCCAUGGUGAUACUACCCUUCAUGAAAUAUGGGGACCUGCACACCUAUUUACUUUAUUCCCGAUUGGACACAGGACCAAAGCAUAUUCCUCUGCAGACAUUAUUGAAGUUCAUCGUGGAUAUUGCCCUGGGAAUGGAGUAUCUGAGCAACAGGAAUUUUCUUCAUCGAGAUUUAGCUGCUCGAAACUGCAUGUUGCGAGAUGACAUGACUUUCUGUGUUGCGCACUUUGGCCUCUCUAAGAAGAUUUACAGUGGUGAUUACUACCGCCAAGGCCGCAUUGCUAAGAUGCCUGUGAAAUGGAUCGCCAUCGAGAGUCUUGCAGACCGAGUCUACACAAGUAAAAGUGAUGUGUGGGCAUUUGGCGUGACCAUGUGGGAAAUUGCCACGCAGGGAAUGACUCCCUACCCUGGGGUCCAGAACCAUGAGAUGUAUGACUAUCUUCUCCAUGGCCACAGGCUGAAGCAGCCCGAGGACUGCCUGGAUGAGCUGUAUGAAAUAAUGUACUCUUGCUGGAGAGCUGAUCCCUUAGAUCGACCUACCUUUUCAGUGUUAAGGCUGCAGCUGGAGAAGCUUCUAGAAAGUUUGCCUGAUGUUCAGGACAAAGCGGGUAUCAUUUACGUCAACACGCAGUUGCUGGAGAACUAUGAGGCCCUGGCUGAGGGCUCUGUGCUUGGUCCCUUGGACAUGAACAUUGACCCUGACUCCAUAAUCACCUUCUGCACUCCCAGCACUGCCAUCAGUGUGGUCACAGCAGAAAUUCAUGAGAACGGACCUCACGAAGAAAGGUACAUCCUGGAUGGGGGCAGCGAGGAAUGGGUAGACCUGGCUUCUGCCACCUCUGCUACUCUCACAGGCGAAAAGAAUGGUAUUUCACCAGAGGACAAACUCUCAAGGAAUGGGGUCUCCUGGUCCCUUUCAAGCACCCUGCCCUUCCUUGCAAAGCCCAUUGCCAGAUGAACUUUUGUUUGCCA